AUGGUACCGUCCGCGGAAAUCCCAACAUCCUCAACAAGUCCGACAUACACAUAUACACAGCAGGACCAACAAGACGAAGGAAGCAAAAAAAGCCACCUAACCCCCGGCCAACAGGCGACACAAGGCACCCCCAGAGCUGGGCGGGCACAUGCUGAGGAGAUGGAUGCGUUGCGUUACAUUACGUUGCGUUGCGUUACGAAGCUAGCCGAAGGAGAUGAUGAAGAUGAAGAAGAAGAUGAUGACGAUGAUGAUGAUGAUGACGAUGAUGAUGAUGAUGAUGAUGACGAUGAUGAUGGUUAA